UUCACCGCGCCGUUGGGAACGGGCUAACAUUAAUCUCAGAUCCGUGGUUCGUAGGCCGCGCCUUAUCGGGAUGACUUGCAUAACCCCUCUCGAUGGUAGCAUACUUGGUCGAAGGAAUACCUACAUAAGUUGAGACCUGGGAGCUCAGAAUGAUUCUGGGCAAUUCACGAGUGACAUUGUAACACAUCAUUUUCUUCGAAUAUUCUAUAUACCCGAGUUCCCCCCUUUUUAAAAUCUUUGAAAAAUUCCACCUAAAUAGGUAAAUUUCUGCUCAGACUACAGUAAAAUCAUGGCGGAUACUUAUGACUUCGUGAUUGUUGGUAGCGGGCCGGCUGGUAGUUCCAUCGCUUCCUCCCUCGCCAAGUCCGCGAAGAAGCCGAAGGUUCUUCUCCUCGAAGCCGGGGGCAAGAACGAUGACAAGAACCUGCGCGUCGACGGGCAGCGCUGGAUGACGUUUCAGAACAAGGAAAUGAACUGGGGUUACAAGACCACGCCGCAGGAGCACUGCGCGGGCCGCGAGCUUGACUAUUCGCGGGGUCUGGGGCUAGGCGGCUCUAGUGCCGUUAAUUUUAGCGUCUUCAAUGCGGGCGCCGUUGCCGACUACGAGGAGUGGGCACGGAUUAUGGACGAUGACGCCUUCAAUUGGCCGAACAUGCAACGCCGGUUUAAGACCCUUGAGUCGUUUGAUUUGACGCUGCCGGCGGGUGUCGAUAGCAAAUAUGCCGCGCCGAAAGCCGAAAAUCACGGUAGUUCGGGACCGUUGAAGACGAGCUAUGUGGCCGAAGUGGAGAAGGAUUUGAUACCCGCCUUAGACCUCUUUGAGAAGGCCGGGUUUCCCCUGAAUCCGGAUCACAAUUCCGGUAACCCAAUCGGCAUGGCCCUAGGGAUCAACUCAUCCGGAAAAGGAGUUCGAUCUACGGCAGCGGACCUUCUCACACCAACGCCGGAAAACCUCACCAUUCUCACCCACUCUCCGGUUCAACGGAUAAUAAUCGAGGGUAAAAAAGCCGUCGGCGUAGAAUCUAAUGGCAAAAAGUACCUAGCAUCCAAGGAGGUGAUCCUCUCAGCAGGCUCCCUCAAUGACCCCAAAAUCCUAAUGCACUCUGGCAUCGGUCCCAAAGCGCAACUAGAAAAAUUCGGUCUCCCCAUCAUCCAAGACGUGCCAGCAAUCGGUCAAGGGCUACGAGACCACAUGUUCGUACCCCUCGCCUACCAGCGAACAGAAGGCGAAACCGAGCGACCCGCUUUCUACGGGGACCACGAAGCAAUGUCAACAGCGCUCGAGCAGUGGAAAAAAGACGGCACAGGGCCCUGGGCGAAAUUCGGGUGCGAGCUGCUAAUCGGGUGGUUCAAGCUCCCACACAUCGCCAGCCUGCCCGAAUUCCAAGCCCUAUCCUCCACCGAGCAGAACUACCAAAACCAGCCCACGGUGCCGCACUACGAGAUAAUCUCGCACUUCCCACUGCACCACUUCAUCCCCUCCUUCCCGGCCACGUCGCUGAACUACUCCUGCCUCAUCGUGUUCCUGUACAACGCGCAGAGCCGGGGCGAAGUAACCCUGCAAUCGGCGGACCCGGCCGCGGCCCCGCUGAUCGACCCGAAAUUCCUGUCCACGCCGUACGACCGCCGCGCCGCGGUCGAGAUCAUGAAGGAGGUGAACCGCUUCCUGAGGUACGAGGGGUACGCCAAAGACACGGUAUCGACGAUCGCGGGGCCGGCGGGCGAUUCCGACGAGGAGUUGCUGGAGUACUGGCGGCAGAAUAUUAGCUCCAGCUGGCAUAUGACCGGGACGGCGAAGAUGGGACGGCCGGGCGAUGCGGACGCGGCUGUUGAUAAGGACUUUCGGUUGAUGGGUAUUGAUAACCUCCGUGUGGCCGAUAUGAGCGUCGUCCCUGUUCUUGCGAGCUGUCAUGUUCAGACUGUUGCGUAUCUCACCGGCCUGACCUGCGCCGAGAAGCUGAUUGCCGAAUAUGACCUUGCUUGAGUCAGCAAGGGGACUUGAAAGACGUUUAUGGCGCUGUAAAUCCGUGGUCUAUUCCUGUAGCUGAUAAGUUAGCCUAGGGGUUAAACGAAUUAGAAAUGACCUAAUGAAGAGACAUGGUUCCAGACACUCUCGUCAACUUUUUAUACGGUA